UUAAAUAUAGUCUAUAGCGCUUCCUUUUGGUAAAUUGGUAAUCUAGAUAGCUCAGACUAGUUAAUAUAUUCUUACUCAGACCAGUAGGAAUGCUAUGACAAAUAUAUGGGAACAAAACAUUAGAGAAUGGUAUGAUAAAUCAGGAACUUCACGCCUGAACUACCUUGAUCUUGCCUCAACUGAAAAGCCAUCAACUAAAGAACUAGCUCAUAAUAUUGCUGUAAUUUACGAUCGUGUCUGCCUCUCAAGCAAAGUUAACCUGAAAGAAUUUAGAAGUCAACAAAUUCAAAUUCAGUCCUUAGAAGCUACAGUCCUGCAACUUGGUGAGAAGAUAGAGAAACUUGAAAAAGGAAUUAAUUCCUUAACCCAGGUUUUUCUAGAAAGUAAGUCGUGGAACAAAGAGGAACAACAACUAAAGUCGAUUGAAGGGAUUCUUCAACAGCUUAAGCGAGCACUCGUUGAAUGAGUCAAAACGAACUGGUGUACCUUGAAGCUCUCAAAGCAUCUGAAACAACUGAAGCACCAGGAAUCGGCCUAACAACUUCCUCUGACAAGUUGUCCAUACCAUCAGGAGUGAAAACCCUGAUUCGUCAGAAUAACACCAUAAUUGAACUUUGUUUAAGAUUGUCAAAACAGGUUGAAGCACUUGAAGGAAGAAUCCGAGCUUUGGAAGCCCAGAAGUCUCCAGCACUUUCAACCGACGAUCUUGUUGCAAAAAUCGCAAAACUCUCACUCGGACCAAAGGAGAAG